GAUACAAUACAUGCUGUUAUGUUGUCAUUAUUCUACAGAAGCAAGAGAGCUUCUUUUAGGUGUCAAAUUUCAAUGGCCUUUAACGUCAUCUACCCCGUGAGACUGGUAGUGUGGUCGACUAUAAAACAGGCGAGAGCUCUAAAAGUUGGAAGAAAUUUGGGGCCGGUUCCUGCUCUACAGGAGGUUGUUUUUUUGGACAUCAAGAAAGUUUUGGACUAUCAUUACAGGGAUUCUAUUCAACAGGCUCUGUCUGUCAGCAAGUGGGAUUCUUCCAUGGAGAUUUCAUCAAUUAGAGAGUUACCAGAACUGGGAAUGGAGGAUCCUAACUUAUUCCAUCAAUGGCAAAUGAACUCUCUGGAUGAGCUCAGCAUCCUCCCAUUAGCAGCUGCGUUCGGAGAGAACUUGCAGCAGUCUUUCUCUAAUCAUAACUAUCCCGCCUUUAACCCCAAAACUUCGGUUGAACCUUCUCACACUGGCAUUGACAGACCCGUAAAACAGCACAAAACCAACAGCUGGAAUUCAUGCAAACCCGAUACUGAUAUAUCAAACCUCCAAUCUGCUUUUCAUCCAAACACUUUCUACUUUGCCAGUUCCAACCGCAUGAAUCCAACAGGCAUUGUGAAGCCUAAAGAAGAGGCAGCAUGUUCCAACAGCAUGGAGUCGUUCCCUUCUGAUAUCUUGAUUUCUCAAAAUUCCUUAAUUGGAAGCCCAAAUUAUAUGCUUAAGGCUUGCCAUGGAGCUAAGAGGGUUAGCACAGGCAAUAAAAUUUCUCAGUCAAAAGAUCAUAUCAUGGCAGAGAGGAAGCGUAGAGAGAAGCUCAGCCAGAGGUUCAUAGCUCUGUCUGCUAUAGUUCCUGGCUUAAAGAAGAUGGACAAGGCUUCUGUGCUUGGAGAUGCUAUCAAGUAUCUGAAACAACUGCAGGAGAAAGUUAAGACACUUGAGGAGCAGACUAGGAAGAAAACAAUCGAAUCAGUAGUUUUUGUGAAGAAAUCUCAACUCGUCGCCGACAGUGAUGACUUUUCCUCGGAUGAGAAUUUCAGUGGCCCCUUUGAUGAGCCACUACCAGAAAUUGAAGCAAGAUUUUGUGACAAAAGUGUUCUCAUAAGAAUCCACUGUGAGCAAAGAAAAGGACUUCCACAGAAAAUCAUGUCUGAACUCGAGAAAUGUCACCUAACAAUCAUCAACAGCAAUGUCAUGACAUUUGGGAGUUCCGCUCUUGACAUAACUAUCGUUGCUCAGAUGGAUAUGGAAUUCUGCAUGGCAGUAAAGGAUCUUGUGAAGAAGCUACGUUCAGCUUUUAAAUUAAUCAUGUGAAAUUCCUCCCUCUAAAUAUCAUAUAUACUGGCACUCACUGCAGCUAGAAGCUUGAAAGUUUAGGAAUAAUGAACAUCCUUGUAUGCAUAAAUUCAGACGGUCUGAAAACAAGGCCUUGAAUGCUCCUCCACCACUCAAAGACCAUGCAUCAUCAAGCCCCUUAGCUUCAUUUUUGCAAGAAGGGUUCUUUAAUUUUCAGUCCAAUUUUUGCAUGGUCCUACUGUUUCACCAUGUUCAGUUCCUUCUUGUUUUAAAAAGAACUGAUCUCACAGCUAAUUUGGGCUUUUUCUUUUCUGUGUGAGGUUGAAAAAUUCAACUCAAUUUUGUACAUAUGAUGUCCCUGUCUCACCUAAAUUGGUUGAAAAGGGAAAAAAUGGUUUUUCUUAAGGUGUGAGGACAGAUUGGCUUUUGUUGCUGUUCUCUGUUCAUAUAUAUAUUCAGUGUUUUAGAGGCAUCCUGGAAGGCCUCUUUUCUCCUUGUAAUAUCUAUUUCUGGUUUGUAACAGUUUGAAUGACAAUAAUGAGAACAAAAGGAGUUCUUCCU